UACCCCUUCAACACAUAGUUGAUCCUGUUCUGGCUGUCGCCUGUUUUUGGUUCCUUUAUCGUCGUAACUAACUAUCGAUGUGUGUAAAACCACCCAAACCCCAAACCUAAAAUCAUGUAGUUGAUUCUGAUACGAUUCCUGGACUGAACUAUUCUUCCGCCCCAGUAUUGAUACACAUCACAGAUAACACUCGGCACGAUUCAUAGCAAUACUGAAGGCUAGUACAGAACAUCCGCUCCACAUAACAUUUCCAGGUUUUCCAAUCAAAUAUUUAAUGAUAUACCCACCUCUUGAUACAGUAUACAAACGCAAAGAGUUGUUGGGUUAAAAGUAGUCAUGCUUCAAUCGAGAACAGAGAAGGCGGGUACCUAUCGGAUGACGAAAAGGACCGGCGAACAGCAUAUCGGAAAAUUCCAGAUCUCGCUCAUUGCAAAUCCAUGAUAGGAGAUUUGUCGGAAAGCUCCACCCAAAAACAAAUGUUUGAAUAUUGAUGCCGCACAUGACUGACUGUUGCCUGCUAGCUGAAUAUCAGAUCCCCUAGGUGUUUGGUCUGUAUGUGACAUAUAACCAUUUCGUUUGUUGUGAUCCCCGUAAUCUAUGAGGUGGAUCUCAACUUUUUGGUGUCGACUUCAAUUCCCAACCUAGAAAAAAACAUCACUAAAACCGUCAUUUGAUUCUGUUGACAUUCGCGAGGUCGCUGAGUGGGUUGUAGAUGAGUGGGUCAGUGCGGAGGGGUGAGUGGGGGGCGAAAACAUCAUACCCGUGAAACCCUAAGCCCACAUAUCUGCAUGACACUGAUUCAUCAACCACAGCACCAAUGAUCAUCAAAACAGAAUGUCCUAUAGAAUUUGGCGUGAAGAACAAUCUCCUGUUGUUAGAUUUGCAUUAUACGGCGUCGUUGUUGAAAAAUCAUUCAGUUACGAGACUAUGUGGAUGUUUGACUCCGGGAGACCCCUGGGGCUCCUUAACAUGCUUGUUCUUGCAGUGA